CGACUUGUAUAGCCAUCUACAACUAUUAACAAAAUGGUAUAUUAACAAGUGUCCUAUAAUAAAUACACUUUAGACAAAUGUCAACGCAUCGUGGAUCAAACUCUAUAGAAUUUUUGCUUCUUUUAACUUCCCCAAAACUCCCUCCACACACAUACUCUUUUACCCCUAAACCACUCCUUAAAGGCUUAAACCCCCCCUCCCAAAUCCCUAUAAUCAAAACCCAUUUUCCCCUUCCAUUUUUUUAUUCCUCCUCCUCAAACCAUUUCCCCUUUUCUUCUCCUUCCUCUCUUAUGGCUUCCUUACAAAACCCCAACCCCACUUCCUCUCUCCUCCUCCUCCUCCUCUUCCUUACACUCUCUCCAUCUCUUCCACUUGCCGCCUCCUCCAUCCACGACCUCCUCCGAUCCAUGGGCCUUCCGGCGGGCCUUCUCCCACGUGACGUCCGUUCCUACAGCUUCUCGGGCUCGGGCCUUCUCGAGGUCUUCCUCGACGGGCCGUGCCUCACAAAAUUCGACACGAUGGCAUUUUACGAAAGCGAGGUUCGGGCCAACCUCACCUAUGGAAGCCUAACGGGCGUCGAGGGGCUUUCGCAAGAGGAGCUUUUUCUAUGGCUUCCGGUCAAGGAUAUAAUUGUUGGCGAACCGGGUUCGGGCCUUAUACUCAUCGAUAUCGGCGUUGCACAUAAGCAGUUGUCUUUGUCUGUAUUUGAAAACCCACCUGAUUGCAGUGCUGAAAGUUUACUAAUGGAAAACUCCGUAAAAGAGAAGGCAUUUGCAGCACAAAGAUAAAAGAUAAAAGGAAAUGGAAAAAAAAUGCCUCUCGGUGUUCUUGUAAUUUAGUUUUUCUCUGCAGAUUAUAUUAUUACUGCUUCAUUUGGAGUAUAUAUUAGGAGUUGGUAUAAUAUGUUGGGUAGUCGGUGUUGGGAUCAGAUCAACUGAUUAUUAAUAUUACUAGAUCAGAAAUGCUAAUUUUCUAACAUUUAUUUAUUUUGUGGUCAUAUAUUUUAUUAGUAAUUUACAUAUGCAGCUCCAAGCCUCCAAAGGCUAAACCAUCUUCUCCCAACCACUCUAAUUUCAUGAAUACACAUCUUUCUAAUUAUUUAUUUUAUUUAUUGACAUUUGCACUAUAAAAUUCCUCCAAUUAAAGCCCGGAAAGUUGUGAUUCAAAAUAAUAUAAAC